GAGGGUGGAAAAAAGGGAGAUGUUUCCUUCCAAAGUCAGUGCUGUCCUCAACCAAGGGUUGGUGGAGGAUCACAUGAGCUUUGCUCAGAUCUCACUUCUCUCUAAUCCAAGCUUUCCUCCACAUGGGAUUCAGCAAGCUACUGGAGGCCCAGACAUGGGUAGAGGAUUGUCCUCUCACUUAAGGGAAGGCCUUCCUUCCAUGCUACCCGGAUAUAGGGCUGCUCCCUCUGAUGAUGAUGGUUUAGGUCAAUUUGGAGCUUCUUCAGAGCAAAGAUCAAGGAAUAAUUUAUGGUCAUGGAGUGAACAGGAGGGGGAUCUAGGUAACAAGAGAUCAUCAGCCCGAGAGGAUUAUCACAACAAGAAAAAUUCUAACGGUAGUAGUAAUAAUAACAUCCAUAGACUAUCAGUUGGUAAUAUAACAAUGAAGAAGGUGAAGACGAGGAAGAACGUGAGGGAGCCAAGAUUUUGCUUCAAAACCUUGAGCGAAGUGGAUGUGUUGGAUGAUGGCUACAAGUGGCGUAAGUACGGCCAGAAGGUUGUAAAGAACACUCAACACCCGAGGAGCUACUAUCGAUGCACAGGUGACAACUGUCGAGUGAAGAAGAAGGUUGAGAGAUUGGCAGAGGAUCCACGGAUGGUCAUCACAACUUAUGAGGGUAGACACACACAUUCUCCUUCACAUGACGAGGAUGACUCGCGGGCUUCAGAUCAUAUCAACUUCUGGUAGUCUCUUUAGAUUGCAAUGCGGCCUUCGUGAGUUCCCUUUCGGUCUUAUGGGAUUGUUAGGUGUAAUGAUGACUUCAUUCAAAUGAUAACUAUUACAUGUGCUUGUUUUGUGGAUAUAUGUGAAGUACUUCCCCAGUUAUACUUAAUUUCUAA